AUGAGAAAUCUAGAGUUGAAGUUGGGUCAAAUUGUAGGGGCACAGAAUACAAGACCUCAAGGAGCACUACCUAGCAAUACAGAGACAAAUACCAAGCAGCUAAAUGCACUUACAACAAGGAGUGGGCUGCAAACUAAAAAGACAGUUCAGGAGCAGGGAAAGGAAUCAUCAAUAGGAGGCAAGUUACAAGAAGUUCUUAGAUCUUCUGGAGCAGGUUCAAUGAAUCUUUAUCUAGUUGACAUUCUACAAAGUGUGCCAAAAUAUGCAAAAUAUUUGAAGGAUAUAGUUGCGAAUAAGAACCGAUUGGCCGAGUAUGCUACAGUUUCACUUACUCAAGAGUGCACGUCCAAGAUUCAAAACAAAUUACCCAUGAAGCUUAAAGAUCCAGGUAGUUUCACCUUGUAUAUUACCAUUAGACAGACUAUUUUUGCAUGUGGAUUGAGUGACUUGGGAGCUAGCAUAACUCUUAUUCCCACAUCGUGGUACCAGAAGAUAGGUCUUAGGAGUCCCAAAACCACUACUAUUAUUUUACAGUUGGCAGAUAGAUCACUUUCCAGGCCGAGUGGUAUUAUUGAAGAUGUUUUGGUGCAAGUAGGAUCGUUAAUAUUUUUAGUGAAUUUUGUAAUUCUUGACUUUGAGGCUGAUCCUGUGGUUCCAUUUAUUUUGGGAUGGCCUUUCUUAGAAACAGGGCAGUCGUAA